AUGGAGAUGAAGCAGCAGCAGCUCACGGGGCACGGAGGCGUUACAACUCACGAAGCAGGUCACGAGAAAGAGAGCGACCAGGUCACGAUCCAUUUAUCAGAACUACAGCAGCUGAAUUUGGAGCUCUUCAGGAGGAAGUUGGUGGUUCACGCUUUCAAUGCGCGAUAUGAAAUCGAGAACUAUGACCUGGAUGAAUCCAUUCGUGACUUUAACACAUAUGCUGAGGCACUCAGAGACUUCGAGUACAUGACAGAACUGCGAAGACGGCACCCAAAAAACGACCCUUUCUUUGUUUCGACAGAAUGGGCGCUUCAGCGGGAGGUGAUCCAGGAUAUAUUUGACGCAGAGCUGGAGUUGAUGGACACGAAACAUGUUACUCGAAUGACAAAGCACCUGAAACCUCUGCAAGACCAGGAACUAGGUGGGCUCUUUGACGAACAUGACGUGAGGCGGUUUUGGAAUACCAGGACAGAAAUGAUCCGAACGCUAGAGCAGGGAGAAUAUGUCCAGAAAGUGGGCAUGGCGGUCUUGGGAGGGGCAUUUCUCAUUGGGCCGAUGCUGGUCAUGGUCCUCCACCCGGGCUUGGUGACCUCAUUAGUCACGACAUCUGUAUGUGUUUUUGCCUUCGGUCUGGGUAUCGCGCGCUUUUUGGAGAAACCCUUUGAUGUGUUGUCCGGGACAGCUGCCUAUGCCGCGGUGCUGGUUGUCUUCGUCGGGACCAGCGGGACCAGUGCGUAA